CACCGGCCAGCUUAUAUAUGGUGGACCAUGGGAUGGGAGAAUGUUGAAACUUGCCAUAUAUAUUUGUGUGUGUAUAUUUAGUGUCAUAGAAGUGGUGUGGAAGGUUGUGAUAAAGCGUAGUAAACCAAUUAGCAUGAAAGGAACGGUGCGGUACUUGGCUGGGAUCGCAGGUCAAAGUGGGUAUGGAUCAAAAUCAACGGCUGAUCAAGUUACUCAAGAUUGUUCUUCCCUUCCUCCCAAUCUUACUGCCAUUGUCACAGGGGCUACAUCCGGGAUAGGGGCAGAGACGGCACGAGUAUUAGCAAAGAGAGGGGUGAGGAUUGUGAUUCCGGCCAGAGAUCUACGAAAGGCAGCCCAAGUGAAGGAAAACAUACAAAAGGAGCAUCCCAAUGCCGAGAUUCUAGUUUUGGAGAUUGAUCUUAGCUCAUUUGCUUCUAUUAGGAAAUUUUGUUCAGAGUUUUUGUCAUUAAACCUGCCUCUUAAUAUUCUGAUAAAUAACGCAGGAAAAUUUUCCCAAAAGUUGGAGUUCUCAGAAGACAAGUUUGAGAUGACUUUUGCUACAAACUACUUAGGUCAUUUCUUGUUAACCGAGCUACUGUUAGAAAAGAUGAUAGAAACGGCAACGGUGAGUGGAGUCCAAGGAAGAAUAGUGAAUGUUUCUUCAGUGAUUCAUACUUGGGUUAAAAAAGAUCAUUUCAGAUUCACCCGAAUGCUCCAACCAAAACAUUAUAAUGGGACCCGAGCAUAUGCCCAAUCAAAAUUGGCUAACAUAAUGCAUGCUAAUGAACUCGCAAAACAAUUGAAGGCAACUAACGCGAACGUAACCAUCAACUCACUUCACCCUGGGAUUGUCAAAACCGGAAUCAUCAGAGAUCAUAAAGGCAUCAUCACAGAUUCUAUGUUUUUCAUUGCUUCCAAGUUGCUAAAAUCACCGUCACAAGGAGCAUCGACCACAUGUUAUGUUGCUGUAAGCCCGAAAACAGCAGGGGUCACGGGGAGAUAUUUCGCAGAUUGUAAUGAGAGUGGUUGUUCUUGGCUUGCCAAUGAUGAUUCCGAAGCACACAAGUUAUAUAAACAAACUCGGGCUCUCAUCCAUAAACGACUAGGACUCCAAUUACCAAGAUCAUCUUGAUCGAUCAUCGAAAAUUACCUUUUAUAUAUUAUUCAUAAAACUAAAUAUCAUUGCUACUACUAUAUGUAUCUAGCUAGCUAGCAUGCAUUUUGUAUAUGUGUAGAUAGAUAUAAAUGAUCAUGUAUGUAUCCCUACACGGCAUGUGCCACGGCAAAUUGAAUGAUAAAGUACGAUCGACAUGUUUAAUUACUACCA